AUGUCAUCAAUUAAUUUGCAACCAAAUUUAGAUACCUAUUCAAAUUCUGAAUCAUUCACAAGAAAAAAAUUAAAGUCGCCACACACAAAAACAAGCUUAAUAGAAGUAACAAAUAAAUUACCAAUUAAACCACCUUGUAGAAUUUUUUUCAAAAAUGAAAUGGAGCAUUCUUCAGGUUCUUUUAAAUUAAGAGGUAUUGGAAAUUUAGUCAAAGUAUCAAUUGAAAAUGCAAGAUCAAAGGGAAUACCUUUGGAAAGAAUUCAUGUAUUUGCAUCAAGUGGUGGUAAUGCUGGAUUAGCUGCUGCAUAUUCUGCUAAGUUUUAUAAGGUUCCAUGUACUGUUGUUAUACCCACAAUUGCUAAACCAAUUAUACAAUCAAAAUUAAAAGAUUAUGGUGCAAAAGUAAUAUUAUUUGGUAACUCAAUUAAUGAAGCUGAUCAAUAUUUAAGAAAUAUUAUAAGUUCAGCUGAUCAAGAUAUAUACCCAAUUUAUUGUCAUCCUUUCGAUAAUCCUGAAAUUUGGGAGGGUCAUUCAUCAUUAGUUGAUGAAAUUACUCAACAAAUUGGUGAAAAUGAUAUAAACAAGAUAAAAGGAUUUGUUUGUUCAUUUGGUGGUGGUGGAUUAUAUAAUGGCUUAUAUCAAGGUAUGAUAAAAAAUAAUAUAAAAGGUGAUAUUUUAUUAGUUGAAACAGCUCAAGCACCAACAUUAACAGAAACUAUCAAAGCAAAUAAUAUUAUAACAUUAAAUAAAGUCAAUUCAUUAGCUACUUCAUUAGCUUGUUCAUAUACUACAAAACAAUCAUUACAGUAUUAUAAAAUUAAAACAAAUGGAAUAAAAUCAUCUUUGGAUUUAAUAGAUGAUAUGGAUGCAUUAAGAGCAUGUAUAGCAUACAAAAAAUGUUGUAACAAAACAGUUGAACCAGCAUGUGGUACUGCGUUAUCUGUUUGUUAUAAUAGAAUUGACUUGUUAUACAAGAAUUUAUCACAUUUAAAAGAAGAUGAUAUUUUAGUAAUUGUUGUAUGUGGUGGUUCUUGUACAACCGAUGAAGAUUUGAAACAAUUUGAACAAAUGGUAAGAAAAUCGGAAAUUAAACUUUAG